AUGCCCGAUAUCAAUGUCAUCUCAAGGGCUCAAUCCACGCCGGAGGACGUGGUGGAUUGGGACGGACCGAAUGAUCCUAUGAAUCCAAUGAACUGGUCGCUGAGAAAGAAGGUAGCUGCCACAACCACGGUGUCGCUACUCACAGUUUUAACUCCGCUUGGCUCGUCGAUGGUGGCUCCCGCUGCCUCCCAGAUCAUGGAAGAAUUCCACCAGCCCGGGAACGAGGAGCUGAGUGCGUUCGUGGUAUCUGUCUAUCUUCUCGGUUACGCGCUGGGACCGCUUGUACUGGCACCGCUCUCCGAACUUCAUGGGCGCAUGAUCAUCUACCAUGUAUGCAACGCGCUGUAUCUCAUCUGUACCGUCGCUUGUGCCCUGGCUCCGAGCCUCGGCUCGCUGAUUAUCUUCCGUCUGCUGGCGGGCACAGCUGGGAGUGCUCCAUUGACCAUCGGGGCGGGAUCACUCGCAGAUAUGAUUCCCGCUGAGAACAGGGGCCUGGCGAUGAGCGCCUGGGUGCUGGGCCCCGUGCUCGGUCCGGUAGUAGGGCCAGUAGCGGGCGGAUAUCUAGCCCAAGCCAAAGGUUGGAGAUGGACGUUCUGGGUACUGGCGAUGGCUGCCGCAGUGUUUACCAUGAUUACUCUGGGCUGUCUGAGGGAGUCCCAUCCUCCCACCCUGCUUCAGAGAAAGACACAAAAACUUCGCCAGGAGACUGGGAACCCUUCUCUCCGCUCCGCUCGCGAUGCGGGGCGACCUGCGGGGAGCAUCUUCAGCUCCUCUAUUCUUCGUCCGACGAGGAUGCUCCUUUUCUCUCCGAUUGUUUCCCUGCUCGCACUGUACAUUGCGGUGAUCUAUGGGUAUCUGUACCUGCUCUUCACCACCAUUUCAAGCGUCUUCAAGGACAUCUACCAUUUUUCCGCCGGAAGCGUCGGGCUGGCCUAUCUGGGCGUGGGAGUCGGAUCCAUCGCCGGCAUGGUAUUUCAGAGCCUCGUAUCCGACCGGCUCUUCCGGCGACUGAAGGCAAGACACGGCAUCGCCAAGCCUGAGUAUCGCCUGCCGCCUCUAUUCCUAUCGUGCUGGUUCAUUCCGGUUUCCCUGUUCUGGUACGGCUGGACGGCCAACGGAGCCGUCCAUUGGAUCUCGCCGAUUGUCGCUACAUCUCUCCUGGGAUUUGGAAUGUUGAACGCCUUCACCACCGUUUCGACCUAUCUCGUCGACGCCUACACCGGCUAUGCAGCCUCGGCAGUGGCGGCAACCACCGUCCUCCGAUCCCUCGGCGGGGCCUUUCUUCCUUUAGCGGGGGGUCCCAUGUACAGCACGCUGGGGCUAGGCUGGGGGAAUAGCCUUCUGGCAUUUAUUGCCCUGUCCCUAUGCCCUCUACCAUUCUUACUGUACCGAUUCGGCGAGCGGAUUCGGGAAAAGACGUCGGUCCAUCUGUGA